GUCCGGCGGAGUUAGCUUCGUCGCGCCGUCUGCUGCUCCUCGCCCGGUCGUUGGUCGUCGGCGGUUUAUCUCGUUAUUUCGGGAUAAAAAACUAUUUGGGAACGGGAAUAACAAGAUUUAAAACCAAAAGAAAAAACGCACGCACGCACACACACACAAGAAAAUGGACCAUUCGACCAUGAACCACUCAGCGAUGGGCCAUCACGCGGGCAUGGACCACUCAGGCAUGGACCACUCGGGCAUGGACCACUCAGGCAUGGACCACUCGGGCAUGGACCACUCGGGUAUGGACCACUCGGGCAUGGACCACUCGGGCCACGAGGGGCAUGGCUUGGCAGGGGCUGUGGUGAGCACGACGGUCAAGGCCAUUGUCGACGCCGUGCAGAGUGGAGGUGACCACAGUGGGCACAUGAUGCACAGCUCAGGCCACGGAGGUCACGGCAUGGACAUGGAUAUGGACAUGGAAAUGUCGGUAAGUAUGUCCUCUUUUCGUCCUUUUUUCCGUCUAACGUCCACUCGCUUGCUCGACACGGAGAGUGAGAGAAAUGGAUUUGAGUGUUAUUGAUGUUGGAGAAAAUGUAUUA